AUGGAGACUAAAAAGCCGCAGCAACCCAAGCCAAAGCGUGAGAAAAUUGAAAAGCCGGAGGAGAAUUAUGAAAUCCUUCAACAGUCUUUACUCCUUGCCCUUCUCUCGUGGUAUGGGGAAAUCACUUUACGCAAACCAAACACUAAAGCCAAGUUUGUCCCGACUUCUUUCAUCGUCGACAAAAUUAGCCUGCAGUCCGAAGACAUCGAUUUCGCGACUUUAGUGGAGGACAAAACAAAGCAAAUUAUUACAAAAGAAAUUAGUGACGGUGUUAAACCGUCGAAAGCUAAACGACACUCUGACAUUAAUAGAGUCUCCAUCUCAGUUAAUAUGCUCUUCGAUAUCUGUUUGGAGCUUGGCUUCUUCUUCACCCUCAAAAAGUCGCGAAAGACGUCGUCUACGCUACGCAUCGAUCGAAUCGAAGAGGUCUAUUUUAACAACGCGUUGCUUUUAAAUAAAGUCCAAGUCAAAGAGUCAAGGUUCAGGGAGUUGGAAGCCAUCAAACAAUCCUUUGGAAAUGGUGAUUCUGCCAUUUUACAGAGAAAUUCCGUAUUACUCAGGGAUGCUUUGUUGGGUUGA